AUGGAGGUGGUCCGGCGGAGUGACGACUUCUUUCUGCAUCAGCAGAAGUACGCCCACGAGCUCCUGGAGCGUGCCGGUAUGCUUAACUGCAAGUCGGCGCCCACCCCGGUCGACACGAAGGCGAAGGUCUCUACUCUUGAGGGGUCUCUUGCGUCCGAUGGAGCGUUUUAUCGCUCUAUUGUCGGUUCUUUACAGUACCUGACGUUGACUCGCCCCGACCUGCAGUACGCUGUCCAGCAGGUGUGCCUCCAUAUGCACGCCCCGCGUGACUCUCACUGGACUCUGGUGAAGCGUAUUCUCCGUUACAUACGCGGCACCAUGUCUUUGGGACUCACCCUGACAGCCUCCGCCUCCACCGACCUUGUGGCCUACUCGGAUGCCGACUGGGCUGGCUGCCCCGACACGCGACGCUCUACGUCAGGCUACUGCGUCUACCUUGGGCCAUUGUUGAUCUUUUGGUCAUCGAAGCGGUAG